UAAUAUAUGUUGAUGAUUUAGAUAAACUUUAAAUGUAAUAUAAUAUAUGUUGACAAUUUAAAACAAAGGAAAUGUAAUCGAGAGGUGCCGAGGUGGUGGGACAGAAAGCGAGCGAGAGAGCUCGGGGUAACCAGCUGGAUGUAGAAGUGUUUAGUUGUAUUAUUAAAGAGUUAUUCGUACCAUAUUAUCUGGUCAGUUGAGUCGUUUAUAAUACAUGGUGGCAGCGUAGAGGAAAAUGUAUCAGAUCCCAGCGCCUGAAGUUUUUAAUUUUCGUCCGGAAGAUUGGAGAACAUGGAUAGGACGUUUCGAACGAUUUCGAACAGCGUCUGGACUCCAUAAUAAAGAGGAAACUGACCAGGUAAAUUCUUUCAUAUAUUUAAUGGGACAGAAAGCCGAGGAAAUUUUGGCGUCAUUUAGUCUCCCAGAAGAGGAUAGAAAUGACUAUUCAAAAGUUAAGGCUGCAUUCGAAAAAUACUUCGUCCCAACUAAAAAUGUUAUAUACGAAAGAUAUAAAUUCUAUUCUCGGUUUCAAGAAGAAGGAGAAACAGUGGAGAACUUCGUGACUUCAUUAUAUAGUCUGGUUAAAACGUGUGAUUUUCCUGCUUCGUUUCAAGACGAAAUGAUUAGGGAUAGAAUAGUUUGCGGCAUUAGAGACAAAAAGGUUUCGGAACGUUUGCAACUUGAAACGGAACUAACUCUGGAGAAAGCAAUAAACACUGCGAGACAGGCUGAAACAGUAAAAAAGCAACAAGAAGCUUUUAAGAACAAUUCCGGGAAUAACAUAUAUGCAUUACGCAAAACUGCAGGUAGGAAGAACGUAUUUUCGAAGCCGGAAGCUACCGACAAUUCGUUUACCGGAAACAAAACUGUGAAUUCCUGUUAUUGGUGUGGAAAACCGGUGAAACAUACUAAAUUCAAUUGCCCUGCACGUAAGGCGAUCUGUAAUAAGUGCAAAAAAGUAGGUCAUUACGCAAAGGUCUGUAAAGCUAAAGUGAGUAUAAAUGAAAUAGGAGAACCUAAUCAAAGUUCAUUUCUAGGACAUGUUAAGGGGUCAAGUAAUAUAAACAAUAGCGUUAAGAAACAGCUUAACCAGUGGAAUGCAAACAUUUUCGUGGGAGACAUUCCUUUAACCUUCAAGAUUGACACAAGGGCAGAUGUCACAGUUAUACCACACGAGACAUAUAACAGAGUGCUAUCUCGUGUUAAAUUACGAGAAAUGAAUAGAACUAUACACGGCCCUGGUAAAAAAACUCUGGAUGUUGUGGGAGUGUUUACGGAAAAGCUAAGAAAUAAGAGAUUCCGCAUCCAAGAAGACAUAUAUGUUAUAGAUAAACUAGAACACUCCUUGUUGAGUGGUAAAGCUAGUGAACAGUUAAAUCUUGUGAAAAGAAUACAAGAACUAAACUCUACUUUCGAUCCAUUUAAAGAAUUCCCCAAUCUAUUUCAGGGGAUUGGGAAAGUGCAGAAACCCUAUCACAUUAAACUUAAACCGGAAGCAAAGCCUUACGCUCUGGCAGUUCCUCGAAAAGUACCAUUACCCUUGAGAGAUAAGCUCAAGAAAACUCUGGACGAGAUGGUAAAUAAGGGAAUAAUCGAGGCAGUAGACGAACCUGCAGAAUGGUGUGCUCCAAUGGUUUUGGUUCCAAAGAAAUCAGGCGAAAUAAGAAUUUGCGUCGAUUUAUCUAAAUUGAAUGAGAACAUUGAGAGAGAAUACUUUCCAAUGGUGUCGGUCGACUAUACACUCAGCCAAUUUCAUAACGCAAAAAUCUUUAGUAUUAUUGAUGCUAAUGCAGGGUUUUGGCAGAUUGCAUUAGAUCCUGAAUCAUCUUACUUGAGAACAUUUAUAACACCUUUUGGGAGGUUCAGAUUUAAACGAUUGCCAUUUGGAAUUAAGUCGGCGCCUGAAAUCUUUCAGAAAAGAAUACGUGAAACAAUACCAGAGGGCCCUGGAAUUGUAGGACUAAUGGAUGAAUUCGUGAUAUUUGGGGCCACAGAAGAAGAACAUGAUAAACGUCUGCAUGAAGUUCUUCGUACACUUCAAAAUGCAGGAUGGACUUUAAAUGCUGAAAAAUGUCAGUUCAGAACGAAAGAAGUCAAGUUUCUCGGACAUGUAAUCUCGCAUGAAGGUAUAAAACCUGAUCCCAAGAAAACAGAAGCAAUAGCAAAGCUCCCAAGACCUAGCUCUGUCACAGAGCUGAAAAGAUUUUUGGGCAUGAGUGGAUUCCUAAACAAAUUCAUACCAAGGAUGGCUGAUGUUGCAAACCCUCUGUACGAACUGCUAAAGAGCAACGUAGAAUGGUUAUGGGGGCCAGCACAGGAAACAUCGUUCCAAGAGAUCAAGAAUCAGCUAUGUCAAACUCCAGGAUUAUCAAUGUAUGAUCCAAAGAAAGAAACAUAUAUUUCCUGUGACGCAUCAUCUUACGGUCUUGGGGCUGUGUUGUAUCAGAGUAAAAAUGGUCACAUGUCUCCAAUUUGCUACGCAUCUAGGACAUUGUCGGAUACCGAGAAACGGUAUGCGCAAAUUGAGAAGGAGGCUUUGGCAAUUGUUUGGGCUUGCGAGAGAUUCCACGACUACAUAAUGGGCAAAGUCGUGAAUAUUGAAACGGACCACAAACCGCUGAUACCAAUUUUCAUGUCGAAGGCUUUGGACAGUCUUACUCCAAGACUGCAACGAAUGAAGCUACGAAUGAUGAGAUACGAUUAUAGCAUCGUGUACAAACAGGGAAAGCAGCUUAUAAUUGCAGAUGCAUUAUCCCGUAGCCCCAUACCCGAACAGGGAAAUGAAGAAUUGACCGAGGAGAUUGAGGCUUACGUUCAAAAUAUUAUCGACACAUUUCCUGCAUCUGAUAAACGGUUAUCGGAAAUCGUGUAUUUACAAGAGAGAGAUCCAAUUUGCAAAACGUUGAUGAGAUAUUGCGAAGAGGGUUGGCCGAAGAAAAACGAAAUACCCGAGAAAAUACGAAGAUAUUGGGAGCACAGAAACUCAAUUACUCUCCAAAAUAACAUUUUAUUUAAAGAUUCCAGGAUUAUAAUUCCAGAAAAGCUUCAAGGAGAAAUAUUGAACAGGUUACACGAAGGCCAUCUUGGAAUAACAAAGUGUCGAGCCCGAGCUCGAGAGUCUGUUUGGUGGCCAGGCUUAUCGGCGAACAUUGAGAAAUUGAUUGCGAACUGCUCAAUAUGCAUCCAAUACCAAAAGUAUCAUAAAGAGCCUCUUAUCCCAAGCGAAUUUCCUGAGAGACCUUGGCAAAUUGUAGGGGUAGAUCUUCUAAAACUAAAAAGCCAUUGGUAUCUCAUAAUGGCUGACUACUUUUCAAGAUAUUUUGAAGUUGCCAGAUUGGAGGAAUUGUCGUCGUCGUCAGUAAUUAACCACAUGAAAUCAAUUUUCGCAAGACAUGGAAUUCCAGAGGUUGUACGAAGUGACAAUGGCACCCAAUUUUCCCAGGUUGUCGACUCUGAAUACCGUAAAUUUGCAGAAAAGUAUAAAUUUUCAAGUAUAACUUCUAGUCCGAGAUACCCUCAAAGCAAUGGAUUCAUUGAAUCAAUGGUGAAAAAUUUCAAAAGUCAUUACUUGAAAUCUGAGUCGCAGGAUCAUUAUUUGAUGCUUCUAGCAAUGAGAUCUACGCCAUUAGAGAAUGGCUAUAGUCCGGCAGAACUGCUAAUGAGCCGAAAAUUGAGAACACCGUUGCCAUCAAAUAAUCACCAAUUGAUACCUCGUUUGGUUGAUUUCGCUUCAGUAAGGAGGAAGGAAAAAGGGAAGACAGAUAAACAGAAAACCUAUUUUGAUCGACGCCACGGUGUAAAAACUCUUCCACGGUUGAAGUUAGGACAGCCAGUCUGGGUGUCAGAUAUGCGAACAUAUGGAAAGGUGAAGGAGGCUCACCAUACUCCACGAUCUUACAUUAUCGAAACUCCGAGAGGCACGUUCCGCAGGAACAGAAUACAUUUACACCCAUCGUCUAUUCCCCAGACAGUCUCCCUGGAAGACGAACCGCAGAUCGUCGAUGAGGAGAAAUCGACUGGAUCAUCCAACCAGAAUACUCCCGAAGAAGAAACUCCCAGGACGGAAAAUGGAACAGGAUCCGGGAAUAGGGAACUUUAUGAACCAACGCUAGAAAUCAAACAACACUCUCCACCGGGUAAAGAGGACCUUCCUAAAACCCGUAGUGGCAGACCUAUACGAAUCCCAAGACGGUAUCUGGAUUACCAGCCGUAAAAGAGAAGGGGGAGAUGUAAUAUAUGUUGAUGAUUUAGAUAAACUUUAAAUGUAAUAUAAUAUAUGUUGACAAUUUAAAACAAAGGAAAUGUAAUCGAGAGGUGCCGAGGUGGUGGGACAGAAAGCGAGCGAGAGAGCUCGGGGUAACCAGCUGGA